AUGAUGAAUCGCACGCUGCUGCCACCGCCAUCGACGCCAGCAUUCGUGUCGCGCGCGCCAGUCCUCCACGGCGCACCCACCGCAGGAGGCCAGCAGCAGCAGCAGCAGCAGCAGCCAGGAUCGAUCUCUGCACCGCCCGCCAUCUACGCUGCAGGUGCACAGCCGCCAUCGCAGAGCAGCGGCGCACUCAUGGGCGGGCUCAUGCCGCCGCCUCCACAUCCAAUGCACUACGAUGGACACAUGCACCCGGGACACCCUGGUGGACACCCCGGCGGACACCCCGGUGGACACAUGCCGAUGCGCAGGAGAGGACCCAACUUCCGCGAGCAGCAGCGCAAGUCAACCAAGGUCUUUGUGGGCAACAUUGCCGACUCGGUCUCGGACGAGCUGCUCGGUGAGAUUCUCGCCCAGUGCGGCACCGUCGUCAGCUGGAAGAGACUCAAGGGCAAGGACGCCACAUCGUUUGGGUUUUGCGAGUUUGAUUCCCCGGAUGGCACGCUCCACGCGCUCAAGUUUCUCGAAAAGCGCUUCCUCUACGGCAAGGAGCUCACCCUGAAGGUCGACGACUCCACGCGCGUCUUCCUGGACCAGUACCAGGUCGGCAAGGCCAUGUACGAGGAAGGCAUGCGCCAAAAGCAAGAAAAGGCGGCAGCAGCAGCUCAGGCCGCCGGCGGAACUCCGGGCGAUGCCGCGGCAGUCGCGCCGCCUCCGCUUCUCCCUCUCCCUCUCGACCGACCGGCCGCGACAGCAGGGGCUGCUGGCAGCGAAAGCACUCAACCCGCAAACGCUGAGGACGGAGGUGCACAGUCUUCGGCUGCAGGCGCAGACGAUCAGGAUGACGAGGAGCCAGACGCAUCCGAAGCCAAUCAGCCCACCCCCGAGCAGCGUGGCGAGCGCAUCGAUGCCAUCAUUGCUGCUGCUUACGAGCGCAAUCCACCACCUCCACCGCCCAUGGCGGGAGGCGAGCGAGCCAAACCGGCUUCCGAAACAUCAUCCUCGGAUGCCUCCAAACAACAGCCGUCCACGCAAUCUACAGUCAGCACGUCCGACACAAAAGAGCGCGCCCGAAGGCCUGGUGACGCGGAUCGCGCGUUUUUCGAUGUACUGCGAAGAUGGGAGCAUCACGAGCGUGAAAAGAUGCGCUUGUACCAGAUGGAACAAAAGUCGGAUCAGGAACGUCAAAAAGACGCCGACAACUUCCUCAAGCACAACCUCGAGAAGCUUGCCACCUACGAUGACGACAAGGACGAUUCAAAGUAUUACAAUGAAAAGAAAAUGGCAUCACUCAUGCGCGAUCGCCAGCGCGAGGCGGAGCUUGACGCAAAGGAUCGUGCUCUCGAGAAAGACGAGGAAGAUCGCCAGCGAAAGCUGGUUUUGCAACAGCAGCAACAAGAGUUUUUGAAGCACAAGCGCGAAAACGAAGAGCUGCAGCGACAAAAGCAACAGGCCGAAGCCGAUGCAGCUGAGCGUGCUGCCUCGAGUCACAAGCGUACCGCUUCGGAAGCACUGGAUGCGUCCGACCCCGAGAAGCGCGCUCGCUUGCAAGAGCCGACCAACCGCAACCACUCAACCGAACAGCGGCGCGCCCAGAUUGAGCAAUCGAUUCCCAAAGAGUCGUCGGCACUGUUUGCUUUCCGCGUGGAUUGGAAUGGGCUGGAUCAUAAGCUCUUGUCUACCAUCCGAACGUGGGUCAACCAACAAAUGCUCGAGUAUAUUGGCGUCGAAGAGCCAGCUUUGGUGGACUUUAUCACCGCGCGGAUAUCCGAGCAUUGCAAUGCGCAAGUCAUUCGCGAAGAGGUGGCCAAGAUUCUGGACGACGAGGCCGUCAAAUUUACAGUUGAUCUUUGGAGGUUGCUGGUGACCGAGCUGGAGCUCCGGCGCCAAGGACAGUAGAUGCAGUUGCAAAUCUUGUUCUUGUCGUAUGUGCCUCAGACAAGCAUUUAAUGCUAUCAUUGAGCUGUUUCAUUUGAACCUUUGAAGCUAUAUUCCUGAUCACUUUGCAUAACUACCGG